CAAAAAGCCUAGCGCUGCCGCCAACAAGUUCACGGAACCAUUCCACCAUCAUGAGGCACCUCCACCACCACCGUCAGCAUAUCUCGAUAACCACCUCUCGCCGCCACUACGCCACCAAAUAUACUGCCAAGAUCACAUCAACAUCGCCCACAGGCCGCACCCUCUCCGCCGAAGUAACUCUACCUCUCCCCUCCGAUCCUCGCGGUUACCCACUCCCCCGCCGUCAUCUCAUCUGUAAAGUUACCCAAAUCCUUCUUCAAUCCCACCGCAAUACCACCAGUCAUUCUCGCCCCUCCUCGUCUACCCUACAGAUUGACACAGACCCUUUCUUUUCUCUCGAGGAAUAUCUCUCAUCCCUCUCCAUCUCCCUCACCCCAGCUGAAGCCUCCGAAGUUUUAAAAUCCCUGAAUUGUCCUUCGCUAGCUCUGAAAUUCUUUCAAUUUUGCCCUUCGCUUUCCCCAAAUUUCCGCCACGAUGCCUUCACGUACAGUCGCCUCAUCCUCGUGCUCUCAAAGUCUACCCUCCCCGAUAGAGUCAAUCUCGUACGUGCGGUCGUUUCAGAGAUGGAGAAACAUGGGGUACGCGGCACGAUAUCCACCGUCAAUAUAUUGAUUGGGUUUUUUGGGGACACUGAAGACUUGGAUAAAUCUGUUGCGCUAAUAGAGAAAUGGGGUUUGAGAAUGAACGGUUAUACUUACAAGUGUUUGGUUCAAGCUUAUUUGAGGUCGCAUAACAGUGAGAAAGGGUUUAGGGUUUAUCUGGAGAUGAAAAGGAAAGGGUAUAAACUUGAUAUUUUUGCUUAUAAUAUGCUCUUGGAUGCUUUAGCCAAAGAUGAAAAGGUGGCCGAGGCAUACAAGGUUUUUGAAGACAUGAAAAGAAAGUAUUGUGAGCCUGAUGAGUAUACAUACACAAUCAUGAUCAGAAUGACUGGAAGAAUUGGUAAAUGUGAUGAGUCUCUGGUGCUAUUUGAGAAAAUGUUAGACAAGGGUUGUUCUCCUAAUUUAGUUGCUUAUAAUACUAUGAUCCAAGCACUGGCCAGCAGCCGAAUGGUUGACAAGACCAUUUUCCUUUUCUCAAAAAUGAUUGAGAAAGAUUGCCAGCCCAAUGAAUUCACAUUUAGUGUCAUACUCAAUCUUCUAGCUACAGAAGGGCAACUUCAUAAGCUAGAUGAGGUCAUUGAAUUGUCAAGAAAGUACAUGAAGAGGUCAAUAUAUGCAUAUCUUGUUAGGACAUUAAGCAAAUUGGGGCAUUCAAGUGAGGCUCACAGAUUGUUUUGCAAAAUGUGGAGCUACCUUGAUAGAGGAGAUAGGGAUGCAUGUUUGUCUGUGUUAGAGAAUUUGUGUGGUGCUGGUAAAAUUGCAGAGGCCAUUGAUAUGCUGAGUAAAAUUCAUGAGAAAGGAAUAACUACUGAUACAAUCAUGUAUAAUACAGUAUUUUCUGCCCUUGGCAGGUUAAAGCAAAUAUCCCAUCUUCAUGAUCUUUAUGCGAACAUGAAGAAAGAUGGCCCUUUGCCAGAUCUAUUCACUUACAAUAUUCUGAUCUCCAGCUUUGGUAGGGCAGGAAAAGUUCAUGAAGCUAUUAAAAUAUUUGAAGAACUAGAGAACAGUGAUUGCAAACCUGAUAUUAUAUCUUACAAUUCAUUGAUUAAUUGCCUUGGGAAGAAUGGUGAUCUUGAUGAAGCUCACAUGAGGUUUAAGGAAAUGCAAGAGAAAGGGUUCAAUCCUGAUGUUGUAACAUACAGCACACUCAUAGAGUGCUUUGGCAAAACCGGUAAAGUUGAAAUGGCUUGCAGGUUGUUUGAUGAGAUGCUAGCUUCUGGCUGCUGCCCAAACAUUGUAACAUACAACAUCUUACUCGACUGUCUGGAGAGGAGUGGGAGAACUGCUGAAGCUGUGGAUUUGUAUGCUAAACUUAAACAGCAAGGGUUAACUCCUGAUUCAAUCACAUACUCUGUGCUUGAACGAUUACAAAGCGGUUCACAUGCAAAAGUCAGACUACGGAGGCAGAAUCCUAUCACAGGUUGGGUUGUUAGCCCAUUGAGGUGAUAUUACAAGGAUAGUCACUUUUAACUUGGUCAUUGGCAAAAAGUUAUUCACAAGUUUUGGUCCUUAGUUCCUUUGCUAGUAGAUGCCUUCAAUUAAUGACCAAUUUCAUGAACGCUUUGAUCCAUUCCUCCAGGAAGAGUUGCAAAGAUAAGGUGUUGCAUACUUCGUGGAAUUGUGGUGAGCUAAUACUGAAAUCUUAUUUAAGAUUAAUCUCUUCCGAUUAUUUGCAAGGUUACAUUAGAUCAUUGUUACUGUAAAUUGAGACUUAUUGAGGAGCACUAAAAAGCUGGAUGUUUAUUCUGAUGGGAUCGCAUCAUGCUAGGCUAAUGAGAUUCCUUGAGAAUUUCGUUUGUCUGUACUUUCUUUUUGGCUGAUGAGAGCCCUUUACAACUUCAAUUAGGAGGAUUGAAGUUGAAGUUCAAAAACUAAGCACUUCUGUUCUGUAUUAAAUUGUAGAAAUGAAGGAAAUGUCAUUGAACAAUUUGGAAGCUUAA